GUCUGUUUUUCCGUUCCGGCCUCGACCCUUUCCACCUCUGCCGUUGACGAGGACGUCAUCCGGGCGGAAACAAUUGCUCCGCAUGCGUCUCGGGCCCUGAAGACGACGACCACCACCAGGGUUCGAGCGACCAUGAACACGGCGCUUAAACACUGGAAGGAGGCGGCCACCCUCGUGGUGGCGGCGGGAGGGCGAGCCGGGCUCACGAGGACGACGACGAGGACGAGGAGGAGGCAAGAGGAGCCGUUCGGAGCGGCGAGAGGCCGACAGUGGCCACGGAGUGACGACUUCGACUACGAGAUUCUGGUGGUGAAGCGCAGCAAGGCCAGCGGCUUCAUGCCCAACGCGUCGGUCUUCCCCGGCGGCGUUGUCGACAGCGCCGAUUUCCACCACGACUGGGCUCGCCUGCUCGCUCCCUGGCGGAAGACUCGGCUCUCCGGCGACGGCGUCGGCAUCGCGGAGGACUACGGCGUGACAUGCGGUGCCGGGCCGAGGCCACCGAUGUUCGCGACGGACCGCGGCAGCCUCGGCUCGGCGAUUCCGGGCGAGCUGGCGUUCCGGAUCUGCGCCAUCCGGGAGACGUUUGAGGAGUCCGGGGUGCUCAUCGCUCGGCCCGCGGAGCGGCCGCACGGCACGCCCGACGAGGCGCCGGCGCUGGCCACCGCUGUGCCGGACUCCCCCGCCCUGCGCCGCUGGCGUGCGCUGGUGCUCUCGGACGCGCGUCUCUUCGCGGCCAUGUGCUCGGAGCUGCGCGUGGUGCCUGACGUGUGGGCGCUUCACGAGUGGAGCGACUGGCUGACGCCCGUGCCGCUGGCGCCGCCGGCGGCGGGCGCCCCGCCUCCGCGCCGCUUCGACGCCGUCUUCUUCCUCUGCUGCCUGGCGGAGGCGCCGGCGGCUUCGCACGACGACCACGAGACGGUCGGCGCCCAGUGGGUGUGCCCGCCGGAGCUGCUGUCCCGACACGAGGCGGGCGCCCUGUGGCUGGCGCCGCCGCAGCAGUACGAGGCGGCGCGCCUGUGCCGCGUGCCGGCGCUGCUCUCGCUCGCCGACUUCGCCCGCCGCCGGGCCGCGCUGGGGCUGCACCGCUGGAUGCCGGUGCGGGUCCCGGAUCCGGCGGGAGGAGGAGGAUUGGUGGGGGUGCUGCCCGGAGAUGAGCUGUACCCGGCGGAACCGGACGAGGUUGGCGGUGGCCACGGCGCCGUGGCCCAACCGGCACGGCCGUCGCGGCCGGGCACCGCGCCGCGCCUGCACCGCACCACGACGGCGCGGGGCCGCGCCGGGGUGCUGCUCACCGUGGCGCCCGAGUUUGGCCACCUGGCUCCGUUCGUCAGGGAGGACGACGCGGAGGAGGAGGAGGAGACGAAGACGAAGAAGCCAGAGUCGGGGAUUGGGAGCCGACUGUGAGCUCCGUGUCACUCCGCCUGACGGAGUCACGCGUCGUCAUCCGUGCGGAUUGAUAACAGCGGAUUAAAGGUGCAGUUGUACAAGUUGCUAUCCGCGCUCGGUUGCCUGUCGGGAAGCAGAGCGGAUCUCGCCCGUUCCUCCUUGCGAGGAGGAAAGGCGGCAUCAGCGACGACGACGGAGUGUUCACGAUGUGCGGUCGAUUCGAUGUUGGGAUUCGUGGCCGCGCCCGCUCGCAGGGCCGCCGAGUCUUCAGCGCGCACGGAUGGCACGGACGAUCGCGGGGGGGGGUGGGUGGGGUGGGGGAGGGGGGGGGUGGCCUCUUUGGGUCGCCUCGCCCCGCUUGGAUCGAAUUAAUUGCGAAUGAUGCAACAGCUGACGACGGCGUCUUGGGCAGAGGGACGGGGCGGGGGGGCGGGGCUGGAAUGGGUGGUGGUGGCGCAACGGUGACUUUCGUGGUCUCGCCGCGAGAAAGGGAGCCCCGGUCCGCGUUUGAUUUCCGACUAGGGCGACUUUCUGCGGUGGGGAGUGUGUGUGUGUGUUUUUUUUUUUGUUAGCGUGCUGCCCUACGAACCCCGCAGAGAGCCGAGUUCGAUUCCCUGCUCAUAUCUGAACCGGACCUGGGCCUCC